UGGAGGUUUCCGCUCUCCCUCCGCACUCCCUCCCCUUCCUUCCUCUAUCUCACUCUCACACUCUUGCUAUGAUAUGAUUGUUCUCACCUCAAGUAAGCGCAGAUGUAGACAGCCUGAUGAGGGCUUUCUCACGAGCAGCGAUGGAGAGGAGCAAAUGAGGGGAGCGGGGAGAAGGGGGGAAGAAGAAACAUAAACAAAAACAAGAGGGGGAAACAGAGAGCGUGCCUGCUGAUGAAUAUGUAUGUUUUGUUUCUGUUUGUGCUGCGGCGAUGCUCUACUUGGCAGCUCCCGGGCCAGUUUUAUGGGUCCCCUCCACUAACACGCUGUCAUUUCCUUUUAGGUGCCGGACGAAGAGAUGAACGACAUAGACGCUAUCAGGGUCAACACAGGUAGAGCACUCAGUAUCUCUGCAGGCCACACUUAGCUGGUCUCCUUUGGGAAACUAACGCACAUGCCGGCUCCUUGGUGUCAACCCCUAUAAACACAUGAGAGGGAAGGAACACAGACAAACCAUGAAAAAGAUAUACAUUGGCAAAACCGCCUUAAAAGUCCCCCGAAAUGGCGGCAAACAUCCGAAAAAGAGCUCAUUGCUGGAGCAGAAGGAGGACUUACGGAAGAGGCUUUCCUACACGACGCACAAGCUGGAGCUGCUGCAGAGCGAGUUCGACUCCACGCGGCAGUACCUGGAGACGGAGCUGCGGCGAGCGCAGGAGGAGCUGGACAAGUUUACUGAUAAACUGCGCAGAAUACAGAGCAGCUACUCAGCGCUGCAGAGGAUCAACCAGGAUCUGGAGGAGAAGAUCCACAGAAAUUCUCAGCACCACGACGACGAGAAGCGAGCGCUGAGCAGAGAGAUCAUCGUCCUCAACAACCACCUGAUGGAGGCGAAGCUCACCAUCGAGAAGCUGCAAGAAGACAAUGACAUGUACAGGAAGGACUGUUACCUGGCCGCUCAGCUUCUCCAGUGCAACAAGUCUCUUUACAGGGCGCAGCUCUCUGAGCUGCCGGCUGAUUUUCAGGAGCGACUGACGAUGCACAUGGAGGAGUCUCCUCUCUGCCACACCUACUCCGACUCCGUCCCGGCCUCUCUCAUCGGCAAAGUGCUGGAGAAGCCGGACGAGGCCUGCAGCAGCAGCCAGGCCUCCCGCUCCCCCAGCCCCCAAACUCAGGACCAUACUUUUAUCUUGGAGAGCUUGGGACCGGGAGGGCGACUGGGGCUCCGCGCAGCCUACAAAUCUGACCUGUACAGCAGCGACACAGCCCUGUACUGCCCCGACGACCGGCACCGCGAGCGGAGGCCCAGCAUGGACCUCCACGGUCAGAGGAAGCUGCUGUACGGGCCCCAGAUCUCCACCGACAGCAACCCAGAGGAGGGUUCGGUGGGGUUGAGGGCCGGCUUCUCCCAGGAGCACUUUGCCAAGUUCCCCGCCACGCUGGGCGCCGGCUCCAGCUCCUACUCCAGCUUCAGCGGAGGGGGCUCUGAAGACAAAGGCAACGGUCCGCCCAGCACCGCCGCUUCCUCCCCGCACCACCACUCCCUCUACAUGGAGUGGAGAGAUGCAGGGGACUACGAGAGGAAGAGUGACUCAUCCUGGGAGAGGGACAGUCCAAGAGGCUUCGCCAACGCUCAUCCCUUCCAGCAGACGGAGCUCAGCCACCACCAGAACGGCAGCUCGCCCGUCUACAGCCGCACCAUGUCCUCCUGUUUCAGCGAGCCCUAUGAGCCGCUGCCUCCCUCUUCAUCCCCGAGCGUCGCCUACGGAGACAGCCGUCGAGGCAGCACGUUAGCCCCGGAGGAGGAGGAGCUGAUUGGCCGGUGGAGGCAACUUAGCGUGGAGGACUUAAGCGCCCACUCGUACCGCAGCCCGGGCCGGGCCUCGCCGUACAGCUUCUCGGAGCAGCACUUCUCCGUGCGGCCCUCCAAGAUCCGACUCGGCCCGCUCUACAGCAGCUUCCAGGAGGGGGCCGACUUCUACCACCACGCGGUGGGCGUCGUGGACCCGGUGUGGGUGGCCGACGGCCCCAGCCCCGAGUGCAGCCCGGGGCUGCGGCAGGCUCACAGCCAAGCCCACCUGUACCGAGCCGAGGACAGCCAGGAGUCGGAGCACAGCCUCUACCACUCAGGGAGCUCCAAAGACAGGGAGGGUAAUGUGGCAGCUGGCGGCCAGAGCACGGAUUACCCGGACCCCAGCCCCAACAGCUCCACCGAGUCUCUGAACCAGAGGUCCCUGGAGAUGGCCGCGGAGCUGCAGCACUACCAAGUGGAGAUGCACAACCUGCCCGCACAGGCGAGCCAGCCGUCGCCACCGCCGGCGCCGCCCCCUCCUCCUCCGUACAACCAAAAAUUUGGCUCCCUGGGACUCUCCAGGAAGGACAGUCUGACCAAGGCCCAGCUUUACGGAACACUUCUGAACUGACUUCACUAUCAUUCUUUUACAGGACGCAAGGUACGUCCAGCUACACCUCCUGUUAGCAGAAAACGGUUUGAAUAGCAGCCAAGGGGUCUGAAUAAUUCAGCAUCACGAACGUGUAACUAGUGCUGGUUAUUUAUAAGCUUUGAUCAUAUGACAACAGUUUACACAACCAGAGCAAGUGAAUCACAUUAAAAGAGUUGGAUGUGCGGUAAAAUGGGAGCAGAGAGAAGCUCAAGCGGCCCGUAAAAAUUUGUAAGAAUGUAUACGUAUUUAAAUUACAAAAUGUAUAAAUAUAUACUUAUAACUGAAAAUUGAGUGAUAUAUUUUGUAUGUAGCUGUUAGCAAACAUCCAAAACAAUCAAACGAAAUGCAAAAUCUUCUUGAUAAAAACCUAGAACUUGUAUAUAAAUUAAACAAAAAAGGUAUUUUAAUUGAGAGCCCGUAUAAAUUGCACAGUCGUUAUUUUUAAUGGGCUGAAACGGUGUUGAACAGACAGCGAAAUCACUUAAAUGAGAAGCAUACAUUCAGUUUUUUCUUCUGUUUGGUUGAGUUUGACAGUAUCGGUGGGUGUGUUAUAUCGUUAUUGAUGGAACGUUUUGAGAACUGUAUUUUAUUUUUGGCUCUUCUGUAUCCCACGGAGAGGUUUUCCUGCCCCCAUUCUACCUCAGAUUUGGACGCCCACACCCCCCAUCAAGCCACUGUAACCCUGUUUCUUUGACUACAAUGCAUGUUUAUAUAUUUUGGUUGUUUUGUUCGCCUAAUAAAGCACAAAUUAUACAUAAAUAUA